UCAGAGAGAGGUAGGGGCACUCAGAGAUCCAGCAGGUGCUGCACCAUGAGUGUCUCUGUGCUGAGCCCCAGCAGACUCCUGGGUGGUGUCUCCGGGAUCCUCCAAGCGGCCUCCCUGCUCAUUCUGCUUCUGCUGCUGAUCAAGGCAGCUCAGCUAUACCUGCACAGGCAGUGGCUGCUCAAAGCCCUCCAGCAGUUCCCGUGCCCUCCCUCCCACUGGCUCUUCGGGCACAUCCAGGAGUUCCAAGAGGACCAGGAGCUACAACAGAUUCGGAAAUGGGUGGAGACAUUCCCAAGUGCCUGUCCUCGUUGGCUAUGGGGAGGCAAAGUUCGUGUCCAGCUCUAUGACCCUGACUAUAUGAAGGUGAUUCUGGGGAGAUCAGACCCGAAAUCCCAUGGUUCCUACAGAUUCCUGGCUCCAUGGAUUGGGUACGGCUUGCUCCUGUUGAAUGGGCAGACAUGGUUCCAGCAUCGACGGAUGCUGACCCCAGCCUUCCACUAUGACAUCCUGAAGCCCUACGUGGGGCUCAUGGCAGACUCUGUACGAGUGAUGCUGGACAAAUGGGAAAAGCUCCUUGGCCAGGAGGAUUCCCCUCUGGAGGUCUUUCAGCACGUCUCCUUGAUGACCCUGGACACCAUCAUGAAGUGUGCCUUCAGCCAUCAGGGCAGCAUCCAGGUGGACAGGAAUUCUCAGUCCUACAUCCAGGCCAUUAGGGACCUGAACGACCUGUUUUUUUCCCGUGUGAGGAAUGCCUUUUACCAGAAUGACACCAUCUACAGCCUGACCUCAGCUGGCCGCUGGACACACCGCGCCUGCCAGCUGGCCCAUCAGUACACAGACCAAGUGAUCCAACUGAGGAAGGCUCAACUACAGAAGGAGGGGGAGCUGGAGAAGAUCAAGAGGAAGAGGCACUUGGAUUUUCUGGACAUCCUCCUGUUGGCCAAAAUGGAGAAUGGGAGCAUCUUGUCAGACAAGGACCUCCGUGCUGAGGUGGACACAUUCAUGUUCGAGGGCCACGACACCACAGCCAGUGGGAUCUCCUGGAUCCUCUAUGCUCUGGCCACACACCCCAAGCAUCAGGAGAGGUGCCGGGAGGAGAUCCACGGCCUCCUGGGUGAUGGAGCCUCCAUCACCUGGAACCACCUGGACCAGAUGCCCUACACCACCAUGUGCAUUAAGGAGGCACUGAGGCUCUACCCACCGGUGCCAGGCAUUGGCAGAGAGCUCAGCACUCCUGUCACCUUCCCUGAUGGGCGCUCCUUGCCCAAAGGUAUCAUGGUCGUGCUCUCCAUUUAUGGCCUUCACUACAACCCAAAAGUGUGGCCCAACCCAGAGGUGUUUGACCCUUUCCGUUUUGCACCGGGUUCCGCUCAACACAGCCAUGCCUUCCUGCCCUUCUCAGGAGGAUCAAGGAACUGCAUCGGGAAACAAUUUGCCAUGAAUGAGCUGAAGGUGGCCACAGCCCUGACCCUGCUCCGCUUUGAGCUGCUGCCUGAUCCCACCAGGAUCCCCAUCCCCAUGGCACGACUUGUGUUGAAAUCCAAAAAUGGAAUCCACCUGCGUCUCAGGAGACUCCCUAACCCUUGUGAGGACAAGGACCAGCUUUGAGGGCCUCUACCUGCCAUCCUGUCUUCCUGACCGCCGCUCCUGUCCCCUUCCUGUCUGCCCAUAUCCUGUUUUCUAUCUGCCCACCUUCCGUUCUUCCCACCUGCCUGCUGUCCCCCAGUCUGCCUGCCCUUCUCUCUCACCUUUCUCCAGGCUCCCUACCUGCUUGUCUACCUGUCUCCUACCCACGUGUAUCUCUUGUUGGGAGAAAAGCUAAGCAUUGGGAGAAGCUGAGGUAGAGCUUGCAUAUCUGACAUAAGGUAAAAGAGUCUUGGAACAUGUCCAGGGUCCAAGUUCCAGGGUCUAAAACCCCUUGUGGCCUUUGGAAUACCAAGCUCUGUGCUAAAGGGUGGAAGGCUACCCUGACGCACCAUAAUCUAAGCCCGGGGCAUAAAACCCCUCGUGGCUUGGAUAGAAUCCAGGGCUCGUGGCUCUGGAAUGUGUCUGGACUUGCUGGCUCCUUCCUCCUUUCUCUCCCAGGAUCAAUUGUAUCUUGAGUUAAAAGAACCUGCUCUCCAUUAUCUCAAGUAGCAGGGCAGAUGCUAAACCGUCACAGCUGUAAAUCAUGUGCUUAAUGCAACGUGCCCUUUCGACCCCCACAUUCUCACCACCUGUUUCUUUGUUUGUUCACCAAUAAAUAGUCUGCGCUUCCAGAGCUCGGUGCCUUCACAGCCUCCAUACUUAGCGUUGGUGACCUGGACCCACUUUCUCUCUCAAAUUGUCUUAUUCCUUUGACUCUGCCAGACUUUGUCACCCCCACGACCUGGUGUUGGGUCCGAUCACCCCAACAUGCCUGACUCUCCACCCACCUCCCAAACUCCUGCCUGCCCUCCAGACUGUCUGCCCAUACACCUGUCUCCUUCUUCCUGCCUGCUUGUCUGUUCCUAUAUUAGUUUCCUAUUGCUGCUGUAAUAAACUAUCACAAUCUCAGUGAUUUUAAAUAA